AUGAUGAGGAUGAAGCAUGGCUCUUCCCUAACGAGGAUCAUCCGCCUGAGUACUAUCUUUAACAGCUGGAGAUCUUCAACAAACAAGAGUACACAAAAGAGGAUUACAAGGACAGCAGUACUCGUUUGCUUAAUUGUAUGGAAGAUCAGUGGAAUUAAUGCUGGACGUACCUUAAGAAAGAUCACUAUUGUGCCUACGCAACUGUAUCCGUCGCCACUCUAUACACGUUCUUUGACUGGCUACUCAGCCAGCGCUAGGGAAAAGACGGGAGGAAAUGCCGAGGAACCAAGCUCGCCAGCUCCCUAG